CAAAACAAUAAAAAUAAUUAAGGUUACGGUUCAUAGUGCCACAGGCCGUGCAGGCAGGAUCACCUCUGGCCUGCGUUUCUUAUCCAUAGCGGAGCUAUGAACACUCUAAUACCCACUUCUGGUUGCCAUUUCUGUGAUAUCCCAAGCUUAUUCUCCCACAGAUCCGCCGUUUCUUUAAAGCUCUCUGCCAUCAGAAGAGCCCACAGAUUACGCGCCAAUUCCAACGACUUGCAAACCGAGGCAGCCGAGGGGUCUAAAGAAGCUGGAGAUGAGGUAGCGGUCGGAGCCCAGCAGCAAAGCAGGGCGUCCACUGCUCCUGCGCUGGAUAAAGACCUCAAGAAGGUUGUUCAAAAGACUGCUGCAACAUUUGCACCAAGGGCCUCUACUGCUUCAAAGAAUCCUGCAGUGCCUGGAACUACUUUAUAUACUGUUUUUGAGGUUCAAGGCUAUGCCUCAAUGUUAUUAGGUGGUGUGCUAUCUUUUAAUCUUCUAUUCCCCUCCAACGAACCAGAUAUAUGGAGAUUAAUGGGAAUGUGGUCAAUAUGGAUGUUCACAAUACCUUCACUUCGAGCACGAGACUGCUCAAAGAACGAGAAAGAAGCUCUCAACUAUCUAUUCCUCCUGGUCCCCUUACUCAAUGUUAUAAUUCCAUUUUUCUUGAAGUCUUUUGCAGUCGUCUGGUCAGCUGACACCAUAGUCUUUUUUGGAAUGUAUGCUUGGAAGUUGGGAUGGUUUCAGAGAACAGACUGAGACUUCAGAGAAAUGGCCAAUUUUUCGAACAGGGUUUGAGGCUUUCGGAUCCGAAUUGAAACUUUGUAAAGAUUGCUAAUGUAUAGAAGGUACAGUAGUCACUCGAGAUAUUAUGGAAGGUAGUAAUAUAUCGGUGAUAGCCUCUAAAUAUCUGCUUGCAUUUGCCACAAUGUGAUAGACUCUUAAUAACAAUUCGAGGUGAAUUCAAAGAUC